UGCAAUGGCCACAGCAAUGUUAAAAACGCCACCAACCUUCUGUACGCCGGCGGCCUAUCUUUGCAGUACCGCCGCCGGCGGUUCCUCCGUCAAACCUCACAAUAUCCCUCGCAUUUCCUUUACAUCCAGUAGGAUCCCACUGCCUUUGAUACGGUGUCGGAUUCACCACUCCAGACACAAGAAGAGUGGCGUCAAAUUUCCCAGCCGCUCCGCUCAGAAAUUCUCGACCUACGCUGCUAAUGGAGAAACCGCGGAGGCCGAAACCGAGAUCCAAGAGAAAGAGCCAGCUCAAGGAUCCGAUUCGGGGCCUGAAAUUGAGGGGGACACUGAUGGUGCUACUGACGUUGAUGGUUCUAGUGAGACUAAUGAUGCAAUUGCUGAUGAACCGAAUUCUGUGGUUAUAGCUUCUUUAAAGGUAUAUAAGGAGGCUUUAGCAAAUAACGAUGAUUCAAAAGCUGCUGAAGUAGAAUCAUUCCUAAAAUCCAUUGAAGAUGAUAAAAAUGAUCUCGAGAGAAAGGUGGCUACUUUAUCUGAAGAAUUACAAUAUGAGAAGGAUCGGGUUCUUAGAAUUAGUGCCGACUUUGACAAUUUCCGUAAGCGGACAGAGAGAGACCGACUUUCCCAGGUGUCAAAUGCACGAGGAGAAGUUUUAGAGAAUUUGUUACCUGUCCUGGAUAAUUUUGAGCGGGCUAAAGCUCAGAUCAAAGUGGAAACUGAAGGAGAAGAAAAGAUCAACAACAGUUACCAGAGCAUAUACAAGCAGUUUGUGGAGAUUCUAGUAUCCCUGGGCGUUGUUCCUGUGGAGACUGUCGGGAAACCAUUUGAUCCAAUGCUGCAUGAAGCUAUAAUGCGCGAAGAUUCAGCAGAAUAUGAAGAAGGUGUUGUUAUUGAAGAAUUCAGGAAGGGGUUUCAACUUGGUGAAAGACUUUUGCGACCCUCAAUGGUGAAGGUGUCAGCCGGUCCUGGACCUGCAAAAGCCGAUACUGGAGACCAAUCUGAGGAAAAAGCAGGAGAAAGUGAAACCAGUGAAGAGGGCAGCUCCGAAACCACACCAACUGAGGGAUAAUUAGCCUGACAGCCAAUUUUGUGGUAAAAAAAAUCAUCUCUUACUAGUUAAGUUCACCAAAGAGUUUGUGGGCUAUCUAUACCAGCUCUAGAGAACACAACAAUCACCUCCCGACCCGUGAAAGUGCAACAGAUAAGAAUAUGUGUUUUUGAAUGGAAAAUCCCCUCAUGGCAUUCAUUCAUUGUGACCUUAGAAACAACAAUUCGACCGACUGUAAUUUGUUAGUUUCGCAGGAUUCUUACUAUUUAUGGAACAACAGGUGUUCAGUAAA